AUAGAAAUGAGUGGUUUUCUUCGUUUCCCUUUACUAUUUUUCUUACCAUUUAUUCUUUGCUGUUUUCCACUAAACAAAGUAAAAGCUCUUCCACCUCCAGAGGGUUUGUGCCUUGAGAAGAUUGGAAAUGGGGCUUAUCUUAACAUGGUUCCUCAUCCUGAUGGCUCCCAGAAAGCCUUCUUUUCCAACCAGGAGGGUAAGGUAUGGUUGGCAACUAUUCCCGAUGAAGGAUUUUGUAAUGGGAUUUUGGAGCUUAACGAAUCCAAACCUUUUCUUGACAUCUCUGAUGAAGUGCUUUUUGGCCCUGAGCAUGGUCUAAUGGGCAUGGCAUUUCAUCCAAACUUCGUGCAAAAUGGUCGUUUCUUUAUCUCCUACAACUGUGAUAAGAUGACAAAUCCAGGCUGUUCAGGGAGGUGCUCUUGCAAUACAGAUGUGAACUGUGAUCCCUCAAAACUUGGUACAGAAGGAGGAAUUCAACCAUGUCAAUAUCACACUGUUGUGGCUGAGUUUACUUCCAAUCAGACCAAGGUUGAGCCUUUCCAGUUCUUACUCAUUAAUUUCAGCCAAGUGAGAAGGAUAUUUACAUUAGCCAUUCCUGACAAGGAUGGGCAUGCUGGUCAAAUUAUAUUUGGACCCAAAGAUGGCUAUCUUUACCUCAUGACAAGUGAUGGUUAUCAACGAGAUGAUCCUUAUAAUUUUGCACAGAACAAGAAAUCUUUGCUUGGGAAAAUCCUGAGGAUUGACAUAGACAAUAUACCAAGUACAAAGGAAAUACACAAACGAGUCCUAUGGGGAAACUAUUCCAUACCAAAAGAUAACCCGUACAUUGAUGACAAUGACCUGGAGCCUGAGAUUUGGGCAUUGGGUUUUAGUAAUCCUUGGCGCUGUAGUUUUGAUUCAGAAAGGCCUUCAUAUUUUCUUUGCGGAGAUAGUGGCCAGGAUAAGUAUGAAGAGGUUGACAUAAUAAAAAAGGGUGGCAACUAUGGUUGGAGAGUUUAUGAAGGUUCUUUUCUGUUCCAUCCAACAAGGUCCCCAGGAGGAAACACUUCUGCCAAAUCCAUAAAGCCCAUAUUUCCUGUCAUGGGUUAUACUCACUCUCAGAUAAAUUCUAGUGCUAAGUCUGCCUCUAUCAUAGGUGGCUAUUUCUACAGGUCACUGACUGAUCCAUGCUUCUAUGGAAGGUACUUGUUCACUGAUUUGUAUGCUGGAGCUAUUUGGGCUGGCACAGAAAGUCCUGAAAACAGUGGAAACUUCACCACGGCCACUGUCCCUUUUCGAUGUGCUUACAAUUCUCCGAUUCAAUGUGAGACUUUGGUUGCAAGUGUUUCUCAUUCUGUGUUGGGAUAUGUCUUCUCUUGGGGAGAAGAUAACAAAAAAGAUGUUUAUAUAUUAGCAAGCACUGGUGUUUACAGAGUUACAAGACCAAGCAGAUGCAAUCUUACAUGUGCCAAAGAAAGUAAAAGAGCCAAAUGUGAGACUAGAAAAGAUCAUCAUGUUAUAUCCAAUGUCUCCAUAAAAUUGCUUAAAGGAGGCAAAGAAGUUAACUUUCUUAUCUUUUUCCUUCUUUUCCUUCUUGGGUUUCAUCUUGGUAACUAAAAUAAUGUAAACACUGGAUGUUUAGGCUUUUAAGGCAA